AUGAUGAACAAGCACAUUCGUUUUUCAACUACCUCUUUAUCCUCUUCCUCUGUUGAUGACUCUGUAAAACGUGGAUCAACCCCUCCUUUUAUGGAAACUGUUGAACCAAUGAUCCAAGAGGAAAUCCCUCCAAAACCAACAUCUCCUCCUCCUCCUCAAGCUAAGACAGUUCCCUCUAGGCCAACACCCAUUAAUACUUUUGCUUUUCAUCAGGGUGAUAAUCAUAAUCCACCUCCAUGUCCAUCAACAAAUCUUCCUCCACCAUUUCACUCUCCUCCCUGCAUUUGUCUACCUCCUUCUAACUCUCCUCCCCAAUCUGAUGCUGCCAAAAAGGAGGAGAAUAAUCAAAAGGGUCCUCAUCCAAUACAACUGUAG